AAAAUUGAACUGAGAAAUCAUAUUUUACCUCCUAAUCUGUCAGACUUCACGCUACAAUGGGCUCCUAUUGUCCGUCUGAAGAUGACAUAAGGAGUGUUAUUGUAUUCUGCCCCGAUGUUGACCCGGAGGCCGUAAGGAGGGAUUUGCAAUACGUCACACAAAGUGUUGAGGCAACUGUCAACCGGAUUUUAGAUGGAAAUCUCACAUCAGAUAAUUCAAUCAUAUCCAAGGAAAGUCUGGCAGUGAGGCGAUCUCAAGAUACAGCAGUCAUCCAUCCAACCUUCAGUACAGACUCUGAUGAUGAUUUACCAUACAUUCCUGCAUCAAAGAAAAAGAAGAAGGGAAUUGCUAGCUCUACCAGUAUAGUGACAGUCUCAAACUCCAAUUCAUUAUCCCCUAGCCAGUCAUCAUACUCUGGAGAGUGUCUUCCUUCUACAUCCAUCAGCAAAUCUCAGGAUGUUCCUGAAACUGUUUCCUUGAGUAGUGAUUCUGAGGAUAGUGUGUCAUAUUUAAAGAUAGAUAAAGAUGUUGAGAGUGAGUCAUCUUUGAGUGAACGUUUAAAACAAUACAAAACAUCAUCAAAUUCAGCAUUCAUAUCAUCAGGCUCAAACUACUUUAAACAUGUCAAUGCAAGAAAGUUAAAGUCUGCAAAUUCUCACACCAUCUCUGAUUCAGACUCGGACAGUCUUCCUGAUCUUCCAGAGGUUUCACAGUUGCCACUAUCAGAUCAUCAAGCUUUCAGUUAUUCUAGUCCCAGUUAUGAUUAUGCUUCUGCGACUCUUUCGCAAUCUUCCUCAGUGCCGAAUCAUCAUUUGAACAGUCAGUUAUCCAGUUUAGGAAGUACUGUUUCAACAUAUGAUGACAUUCAAGACAUGCAAGAGACUGUCAGCUCAGUGACCACCAUGGAUAGCCAGUAUUCCGAUGAAGAUCAAUCUGAACAUUCUGAGGAAAAAAAGAAGAAAAGGACACCAGCUGAAGUUGUGGAGCAGAAGAGGCUUGCACAGCAAAAGAAGCAAACUCGAGAAAGAGAAUUGUCGGUAAAGAGAAAGCAAAAAGAACUUGAAAAAGCUGAGAAGAAAGCUGCGUUGGAGGCGCGAAAAUGUCUGAAGCCUGGAGAGUGCUUGAAGUAUGUGGCUGUGAAAUUUGAUUCCAACGUCGUCCAGAGCACAGUUGGUCCUGUGUUGCUGAAGCUCCUCCAAGAAGCAGGUAUCCAAUAUGAAGUUUGUGAUCAACCUAUCCCGGCCUGCAUCUCCUGGACCAGGAAGGUGAUAAACCAUGAAGUACAAGGACAUACACUUCAGCAACAGACCAAAUAUGUUGAUGAACAACAUGGCAUCCUGAUAGUGCCUGUCCAAGAUUUUGUAAGCAUGGUUUACGCCACAGUACAUGUUGGCUGCACCCAUCGGAUGUCCCUCCCUGAGUUUGCGUGGCAGGCGUCCGCAAGUCUCUGUGAUAGAAAGCUCAGUCUGAUUGUACAAGGCAUGGAGAAGUACUUCAAGGAUCUCAAGACGAUAGGGCAGCGACAGUAUAAGGAAGCUGUGAGAUCAACAGAUCCUGCAUACAAUGCUAAAAAGAAGCAGAAAGGAAUUGAUAUUUCUAUUGUGAUUUCAAGAUUUGAUAUGGAACAGGCGAUGUUAGAGCUACAACUCAGCCCUGCUGGCUGCAGUGUCAGCUUGGUGGAGACACCAGAAGAUGUGGCCAAGAUCAUCUUCAGACACACCAAGUCCGUGGCGGAAGCUCCCUUUAAAAAAGAGAAGAAUCAAGUGGGCUUCUCAUUCCUCCCAGAUAGCACCAGCUGUGUGAAGAUUGAAAAGAAUGGAAGUGGACUGUUAAAGUGUUGGAAGCAGCAGCUCUGUCAGUUUAACGCCCUCUCUCCGGAAGUAGCCAAUGCAAUCGUGGGGGAAUACCCUUCACCUAGGCUACUUAUCCAGGCUUAUGAACAAUGCCACUCACAGAGAGAAGCGGAGCGACUGCUUGUGGAUGUGCGGGUUCGUCGGGGUGCAGGCGUAUUGGAGACGAGCAGGAGAGUUGGGAAGGAAAUGUCUAGACGAAUAUAUGAGCUGUUCACCGGGAGAGAUCCAGAUAGUGUCAUAAACUAAAUCGCAUAAUUCCCAAGGAUAUUGGUGCUAUGUGGAGUGUUUUCUCAGGAAUAAAAUGAGGUUAUUGUUACAUCUUUUGGAUUCAGGAGUAGACAAGCAAAUAUAAUGUGUCGUUUUGAAAAAGUGC